AUGAGCAGAAUGGAUGAGAAGGAGUCUGGUGAGCAGGACGGCUUCCUGCUGAAGCCCGCGCCCCAUCACCGGGCCCGCGUCGAUCGCGGCAUGGGUACCUCUCUUCGUCAACUCGAGAACAGUCCUGGUGCUGCUGUUCUGGCAUACUGCUUUUCCUCGAUCAGCAUGACGGUCGUGAACAAGUAUGUCGUUUCGGGCUCGUCUUGGAACUUGAAUUUUCUUUAUUUGGCCAUUCAGUCCGUUAUUUGCACGGCUGCAAUUCUGGUCCUGAAGCAGAUGGGGUUUAUUCCUAACCUUGCUGCCUUGGAGACCGGCAAGGCCAAGAGAUGGCUCCCCGUGUCUGUGGCCUUUGUCGGCAUGAUUUUCACCAGCACCAAGUCCCUACAAUUUCUAUCUGUCCCGGUAUACACCAUCUUCAAGAACUUGACCAUCAUUGUUAUCGCCUAUGGUGAACUCCGGUGGUUUGGCGGCAAAGUCACCCAGCUGCUUCUGCUGUCAUUCGGCUUUAUGGUGCUCAGCUCCGUCGUUGCUGCGUGGGCUGAUAUCCAGGCUGCCCUCAGUGGCGCUGGGCACUCGGCGGAGACUGCCGCCGCUGUCUCAACUUUGAACGCUGGCUACGCAUGGAUGGGGCUCAACAUCUUCUGCACUGCCUCGUACGUCCUGGGCACGCGCAAGUUCAUCACUUCGCUGAACUUCAAGGACUGGGACACCAUGUUCUAUAACAAUUUGCUAUCUCUCCCUAUUAUGGUCAUCUGCUCCCUACUUACCGAGGACUGGUCUUCGACAAACCUGGCUAAGAACUUCCCCGCCGAGUCGCGCAACAACCUCAUGAUUGGUAUGCUCUAUUCUGGCCUGGGUGCCAUCUUCAUCUCGUACUCGUCUGCCUGGUGCAUUCGCAAGACGUCGUCGACUACAUACUCGUUCGUCGGUUAUCUCAACAAGCUCCCGCUCGCCAUCAGCGGCAUCGUCUUUUUUGACUCUCCCGUCACGUUUGGCAGCGUCUCGGCUAUCCUGCUGGGAUUCUUCAGCGGCCUCGUUUACGGUUAUGGCAAGAUGAAGCAGAAAGAGCAGUCCAAGCAGGUCCUCCCCACCUUUCAACGGGCCAUGAGUGCUAGCUCUCAGAGCCAGAAGGAUGCAUCCAGCUCAUAA